AUGAGGAGCUCGACUAAGCUGCUCUUGGGCAGCAUGAUACAAGGGUCAGUACACAGUCUCGUUACGCAAGAGAUGUGUAUGAUGGAUCACGAAGAUCGAUUGGAAUGUUCGCUGAACCCGGAAAUUACGAGGAACGAAUGUCUCCAACUCGAUUGCUGCUUUGACUCGCACGUUCCUGCUGGGACACCACACUGCUACUUCGCCAUGAUGGAAGAGGACGAAGACGUAACUGAUGAAGCUGAGUUGCUGGCCAUUCCUCUCGCACAGGCUAGCGGUAGUUACAGGCCUCCUCAAGAAGAAGAGGAAGAAGAAGCCGAGCAGCUGGUUGAGAAAGCCGUGUUUCUAGGAGAGCAAGAGCUUACAUGCGAUAUCAAUGUGAAAGAAGCAACCAGAUGUGGCCGUCGUGGAGUCCCAAAAACUCAAUGUGAACGAAUCGGUUGUUGCUGGAAUCUCGCUUGGGUCCCCGGUGGCUCAGAAGGACCACGAUGUUUCAAAAAAGAGGUAGCCGACGCUGAACAUUCUUACAACAAUGGAAAGCGAGAAGAAGCCUUUGAGGAUCUUCCUGCACAUUUGCGUGUUCCUCUUGAACCUGAAGAACAAACUCCAUCUUCUGUAGCUGAUUUCCUCGUUCAAAAUCUUGCUGCUAAGAAAGCGCAUUUAGCGGAACACUCAUGCGUUCCAAACCAUUCACAACUCAUGUGCUUACAGGGCGUCGAAGAACGAGAAAAAUGUGACAUCAAGGAAGCUCUGGAUCUCGGUAUACCCGCUUGCAAUGCUUGCAUAGACCAAGGAUGUUGCUUCGAUCCUGAACCAAAAAUUAUGAACGGGCAGAUCUACCCGCUGUGUUUUAGACGAGGCCCGAUCGAUGAGGACCUUGCAGCUGAUUUUGACAUCGGGCUUACGACAGAAAUUCCGCCCAUCGACGAUAAUGAGUUUUUCGAUUUGAUCAAUAUGCUCGAAAAUGCGCGAGGCGGUGAGGACUCGGAAGAUACUCCUGUUGAAGCUGAACCGGUUGAGGAGACGCCGGAAGAAAGAGAACGACGACUUCGUUUCGAACGAUGGCAAGAAAUCCAAGGAAAACUCGGCAUGGUUGAUGAUGUCCGAGGAGAGAUCGGUAUGGGCGAACUUAACAAUCCUUCCAGCUUGAUUCAAUUUACCGGUCACCCGAAUCUUCCCGGCGCAGGAAACGACUUCCGUCAGCAACAGAAAAGUGUUGACCAGAUAGUCAACGAACUUGAGAAGCAACGAGAAGUCGAUCUCCGAGAUAUGCUUCCCCAGAGAACCGUUGCAGAGGGAUGGCAGACACCAGAUAGACAGUCGGCAGCGCUAAAUUUGAAAGAUCUUAUCAACGAGAUCGGCGAGGACCAGAAAACAUCUCCUGCGACACGCCCAACUACAACAACGACGACCACAACAACUACUCGUGUGAUGCCGACACGGCCAGUUAUCUCAAACAAUCCAGUUGAAGCUUACAAAAUGCAGCUUGUCAAUCAAUACGUUCAAUCGAAGAAAUCCCAACUUAUCAGAGAAGGAUACAGAGGCGACCAGUUGAACGCCGAGUUGGCAAAAUGGCAGUCAACUUACGAAGCGAGAUUCGGCGUUGCGAAGCCCACAAAUAUGCCACUUGUCCCAAGUUCAAUUGCAGUAACCACCACGACCAGUACAACGACAACAACUACAACGCAGUCGCCAAUUAAUCAACAGAAACAGUUGCUUGAGACCAAAUUGGAGCAGAUGCGAGCCUUUUUGAUUUCACAGGGAUACAACGGCGAAGCUUUAGACUUAGAAAUGAGUCGCCAGAGAAAUCUUUUCUCGAAAGCUCUUGGCAUCACUCCUGACACCACUAUGUCUACAACAACCACCACGACGAAAGCGCCAACUCCACCACCUGGAAUGGAGCUCCCUACUCAGAGCGACGAUAAGUGCUGGCCCGAAGAAUGCGGAAAUCCAGUAGAAUUGAAUGCUAACCUAAAGAAGAUUGUCGGUGGUGUCGACGCUGGAUCUAUUAAAUACUGGCCAUGGCAAGCGUCUCUCAGACGAUCAUACACUGACGAGCCAUCCUUCUUGCAUCACUGUGGAGCCACACUCAUUCAGAAACAGUGGAUCCUUACUGCCGCUCAUUGUUUCAUUCGAUACAAGCGAAAACGCGAGAUCGACACCCGAAUGAUGGAACCAGACAGCUCUCGAUUUUUGGUUCACCUUGGUCGAUAUGACAAGAAUUCAUUCGAGAUGAACAUGCAGCCUCGAGCUCUUUCUUAUUUCGUCGCUCAUCCGGGUUUCCAGCCAUGGGUAGGAAACCAACAACACGAUAUUGCGCUCGCGCGACUUCACAAACCAGUAGAGAUUACUAGCUACGUAAAACCAGCUUGUCUUCCAAAGUUCGUUCCUCCUGUUGAUGGAAAACUCUACAUUACCGGCUGGGGCAGCACUAAAUCUGUCGGUCCUUCUUCUCAGCGACUCAAGGAAAUUGUCCUUCCUUUGGCUUCUCAAGAAACUUGCCGAGACGAAUGGAGAGGCUAUUUCAAUGAUGGUUGGAUCUGUACCGACCCUGGUUUGAACGAAGACGCUUGUCAGGGUGACUCUGGUGGGCCCGCUGUUUACUUCGAUCAGUUCUCCAAGUCUUUCGCUGUUGUCGGUGUCACUAUCGCUGGCUCUGACACGUGCUCGACGUCAUCAGCCACUGUUAAGGCUGGAGUAUACAGUAACGUUGUCCAUUACAGAAAGUUCAUCGACGAAGUGACUCAAUUCGGCUGUCGGUAG